GCCACCAAGCGAGCUAGCAAACGAGCGAUGUGAGAGAGAGAGAGAGAGAGAGAGAGAGAGAGAGAGAGAGUGAAGGCGAGCUGUAUCUGUAACUGUCUCCAUGGCUUGUUUCUUCUCUCAGAUCUUCCGAAAUCCCUAGCUAUUACUUCCUUCAACAUUCUUCUUCAUCUUCUCACUAUUUGCAUCAUCUCCCUUUACAUGUAAAAUUUGUUCGAUUUUCUUCAGUUCACCAAUCUUUUCCCCCCUUGUUUGUUUCCUGAGGAAAUCUGGAUUUCGGCGUUGUGUGUCUGGUUUUGUCCAUUUUUGGAGCCUUUGGUGCUAUUGGUUUGGGUUUUGGCGGGUUCUCUGGGAAAAUUUUUGGAGAUUGAUCUGGUUUCUGCUUCACCUUUUGGCGCUUUUAGUUAAUUGGAUUGUCGAGGAAUGGUUUUCUGAGGGAUUGGUAACUUUUGGGUUUAGUAGUUUAUGAUGCGGUUGUAGUUUAUUGAAGUAUAGUAGGAUAUGGAUGAUAGAGGUGGCUCAUUCGUUGCUGUCAGGAGGAUUUCGCAAACUCUUGAGCGCGGCAACACCUGCCAGUCAGCUUCCGGUAAAUCCGAGGCUGUGGCAGGAUCAACAGCAUGGCUUGGAAGAGGAUUAUCUUGUGUUUGCGCACAGAGGAGAGAUAGUGAUGCUCGUCCCUCUUUUGAUUUAACCCCAUCACAGGAGGAAUGCUUGCAGAGGCUACAGAACCGUAUAGAUGUUCCUUAUGAUAGCUCUGUUCUUGAGCACCAGGAGGCUUUAAGGGCCUUGUGGAAUAUUGCCUUUCCUGAAGAAGAACUUCAUGGCUUGAUAUCUGAGCAAUGGAAGGAGAUGGGUUGGCAAGGAAAGGAUCCUUCAACAGACUUUAGGGGCGGUGGGUAUAUAUCUUUGGAGAAUUUGCUAUUUUUUGCCAGGAAUUUCCCAAAAUCCUUCCAGGACCUUUUAUGGAAGCAGGAAGGAGAACGAUCAGCAUGGGAAUAUCCAUUUGCUGUUGCUGGUGUGAACAUCACCUUUAUGCUAAUCCAAAUGCUUGAUCUUGAAGCAGUCAAGCCCCGGACAAUGGUGGGAGCAACUUUCCUAAAACUUCUUGCAGGUAAAAAUGAAUCAGCUUUUGAUCUACUCUAUUGCAUAACUUUUAAGCUGAUGGAUCAUCAAUGGCUUACCAUGCGAGCAUCAUACAUGGAUUUUAAUAGAGUGAUGAAAGCGACGCGUCACCAGCUAGAGAAAGAACUUCUCCUUGAAGAUAUUACACGACUAGAAGAUUUGCCUUCAUACCAGCUUCUUACGAGAUAGAGAGUGUACUAGGUUAGCUAACAGGUUUUUGUAAUUGAUCUUAUAUGCCAUUUCUGCCAAUUCAGGAUGGAAACCUGUAUUUCUGGGGCCAUCUUAAGUGUGAUGUCCUCAAGAUUUUGGAUGCAGCAGUAAAGAUUUGUAAUCCAGUUAGAGGCUUUGACUCCUCUAAGCACUUUCAAGAGCAAAGUGCAAGUGAUUGUUGAUGAGAAAAUUGAGGUUGUUGGUCUCUGCAAAUUCAUAUAGUUGAUAUUACUGAGUAUUAAUCUGAACCAAAGGGUUUGGCACGUUGGUUUGCUUCUUAAAAGAAAAUGGAAAUAAUUAUUGUUUGUUUAUUUGCAUAA